ACAAUCGUAAGUCAGCCAAAGAGAGAAACAAAAUAACAAAGACAGCCAACAAGUGAAAUUCAAUUGAAAAUCAAAGCUUUACGCAAAUUGCACAUAAUAUUUCUAUAGACUUUUAACAUGGGCGCCGCCGUACUGCCCAUAUUGUUCUUCACCGGCCUGUGGGCUGCCGUCGGCAUUGGCGGUUCGAUAUUUACGCCCCGGGGACCGCAACAGAAGCUGACUCAGUGCAUUCUGUUGCUAACCGCGGGCUGCUGCUGGCUCUUCUGGCUGUGCUGCUACAUGGCGCAAAUGAAUCCGCUGAUCGGACCCCGACUGAGCAAAAAGGUGAUACAGCUGGUGGCCCAAUCCUGGAACAUGCCCAUCAAGGAAGGCUAAGCCGCAUAGCCGCAUUAAUCAUCUCUCUCUCUCUCUCUUACUUUUGUUGUGUAAAUCUCUUAAAGCACGGGCCAAGUCGGUCUGUUUUUUUAUACUUAACUUAAUUUAUAGUGCAAAUUGUUAACUAUGUGCAUUCCAGCGCAAAUAUAGAGCAAAUAUAUAUACAUAUUUAUAUGCA